AUGGCGGGGAUGCUGGAGGAGUACGAGCUCGGGGACCUCCUCGGGUCCGGGUCCUCGGCCCAGGUGUACUGGGCACAGCGCCUCCGCGACGAAGAGCUCGUCGCCAUCAAGGUCGUCGACAAGCUCCAGCAUGCGCAGCUCCGGACGCAGUCCAAGUCGCAGGCACGGUCCGAGGAGAUGCAGGAGCUGGCGAUCCAGCGCAGCCUGGACCACCCCAACAUUCUCAAGAUCCUCGACGUCUUCCAGGACGCGCGCAACGUCUUCAUCGUGCUCGAGCCAUGCGCGCAUGGGUCCCUGCAGGCGCUCGUCAAGGGCAAGCGGGCCGUGGUCGAGGAUGAGGUCAAGCACUAUGUCUACCAGCUCAUAUCUGGCGUCGACUACCUCCAUCGCGCGCACAUCAUCCAUCGCGACCUCAAGCUCUCGAACCUCCUCGUGACCGAGCAUGGCACGCUCAAGAUCGCCGACUUUGGCUUGGCGACGAGUGUCACCCGCCACGCGCUGCCAUCGACGAUCUGCGGGACGCCCAACUUUAUUGCGCCCGAGGUGCUCCUCGGCAAGCCGUACUCGUACGCCGCCGACCUCUGGUCCAUCGGCUGCAUCGUCUACACGCUGCUGACGGGGCACCCGCCGUUCCAAGGCGACUCGGUCAGCGAUACGCUGCGCAACAUUAGCGCGCAGACGUCGUCGCUGGCGUUCCCGCCGUUCGUGUCGUCGACAGCGCAGGACUUUGUGCGGUCGUUGCUUUGCGUGGAGCCGGCCGAGCGACUGCCGUGCCACGCGCUGUCGCACCACCCGUGGCUCCAGCCGACGACCGCGCGCAGGAAAGCGGCCAAGACGAAGCGCGCUGCGCGCAGCCGCCGGGCACCGGCCGUCGUUGUCGCCGAUUCCUCAAGCGCGUCGUCGUCGUCGCAGCACAGUGACUUGAGCGACGCUGAAGACGAAGACAUUGCCAAGCUGCAAACCAUGCUCGACAAGAUCACCGCCAACGACCGCUGCCCUCCGCGAGGAUCGGGGGCAGCCAGUAGUAGCGACACAACGGCGGUCGAAGACGAGUCGCUGCCGUCGUUCCCCGACAGCGUGGACUUUACCGUCGAGUACCACUCGAUCCUGGACUUGCCUCCCGACGACAUCAUGGGCACGCUGCGCUGCACGUGGACGCCCGAGGCUUUGACGCUCCAUGGCAGGCAGGGGGAGGUCGUGCGCUACUCUUUGCACGAUGCCCGCGUCACGGGCCAGCUCCGUCACGAGGCGCAUUUUGACGUGUGCGUCACGGACGUGGCGCCGAGUUCGCCGCGCACUCUGACGUGGGUGCGCCUCGCGCAAGUGUGCCUGUACCUGUACCUCGCCGCGCCCAAACCCAUCGAGACGACGCUGCGUCUCUCGGACGAUGUGAUCGAAACUCUCGAGCGCAACGAAAGCCUCGAGCGGAAGCUCCGCGCGCAGCAGCAAGCGCCACGUCAUCCCAAGACCGACUCGGAUUCGGUGCGGUCGGCCGACCUCUUUAGCAUUGGCCGUGGGGAGUGCCUCGCAGACGGCACCUUGCGUAUCGCAUUCGUCGACGGAAGCGAACUCCUCCUCGACGGCGGCGCGUCGACUGUUGAGUUUCGAGAGCCCGACGGCGGGCGGUACGAGCAGUAUCCCUUGGGCGCCUCGGCCGUCGCGAGUAUUCCGUCUACCAUCUCGCGCAAGCUCAAGUACGUCUCGCUGUUUGUACAGGCCAUGAAGAAGCAGCAACCGCGCCCCUCGUUCCGUGCAUGA